UCUGGUUUGACUGCAGCAACAUUGAGAGAUGUGUCUGAUUGCUCCACAGAGUGGAAGAUCAAAGCAUGCUGUUAAAUCGCACCCAGAUGCCAACGGAACAGCAAAGCCAUUUCCCAAAUACGGAGGUAACACAGAUACUUUUGCAGAGCCCUCGAGGGCAUGACGCCGUAAGGCAUGAAGCAAAUGCCCCGACUGUCAUACUUCCUCCAGAGCAACCCUCCAACCGUCAUUUUCGCGCUUCAUUCUUCAUGGUGCCCCUUAACUCCGCUGAACACCAGCCCAAGGGUCAUGAUGAGUCGGCUCAACCCUCGGUCCGACUCCUCCAACAGCACCAUAAUCUUCUGUUCCUCGCCGCUGCUCGGCCUCCUCUCUCUCAUGCCUCUCGCUGUCCGCAGGAACCUCCUCCUCCUCAUCCACAACGUCUCGAUACCCUACCCCAUCACGAUCCCCUUCCGUCCCAGCUUCUAGCAAGGGCCGUCUACCCGCUUCAACCCUCCUCUCUGCGCCCCCAAACCACCUAUUCAAACCCGCCACCCACCC